CGCUGUCUCGUCCUCCCUGUCAACAACACCGCAACCUGAGACAGGAUAGCAGUCUCUUGGCUAGCAAAGUGAACCUGCUAAGUAGCUGAAAAGCCAUCGUUACGAUACGAAUUUGUCCUAAGUUCCCUAUUCUACAGCCAUGUAGCCCAUUUGUGAAAAAAAAAACCCCAAUAAUAAUUGGACUGCAAGAUGAAGAUCGGACAUCGUUAGGCUGCUUCAACACCUUCCUCUUGGGUGAUAUGCUGUCUUACAACAAAAGCCGGAGGUCUACAGCAUACUGUUGACAUCUGUUCAGGUGAUGUAAGAGAGGAUGGCUGCACAGGUGGAGGUACAGAGUGCGGAGGUUGGGAGGACAAUGACAGGAGGAAGAUCUCACUUGAGUCCCCUGACUGACUCAAGCAACACAAGUUCAUCAAUGACUCAAUCGCAUAUCAUCACUCCUGAACCACCAAAACCCGUCCCUGCCCCCAAACCACGGCUAACUCCAAAACCAUUUGCCGUGGAGAAAAAAAACUCCAUCAAGCCUAUACUUGCCCCAAAGCCGCCAACCAAAUCCAGACCAGAAUCCAUUAACACCACUGGAUACAAAUUAGAGCUUCCCAUUAGUCCAAAACCACCGCAACCAGUAGCCAUUGUUCAGCCAAGGCCUGUGUCAACUAGUUCCAGUCGUCCCGCCUCAACCUCAUUUAGAACAUCCAGUAAGGUGAAUACUGGGCAAACAACCAAGCCUGUUGUCCAGCCAUUUAAACCAGCCCCUCCUUUUGACUCCGAGGACAACAGCAAAAAAAUGCCUCCAAUGCCAGCAGAAAGACAGAAACCUAAGAACAAGAUGACACCCACGCAGGGUGGGGCAUCCAUUGCUCGAGCCAAGUCUUUGGGGUUUCUUAAUCUGAUUGAGAAAGCGGAUGAACAAAAUAAAUCCGUGACAGUUGUCCCACCCCGACCGCAUCCCCGAACUUCAAGGCCCAGACCUGUAUCAGCUAUGUUUGCUAACAAUUUAGAGAUACCAGUUCCUGCCCCACAAUUGGCUGGCGGAAAACCUCUUUCAUCUGAUCUGACAUCUAAGUUUGAGUCUAUUGGUCUGUCAUUGCACCGUAGAGCGACCACUGCCAACGUGAAGGAAAACACUCCAAAAGAGACAGCACUUCCGCAAAAGACACAGCAGGAAAAAGACAAUGCUUUGGGACAGAACACUGGCAUCGACAUGAAACUGUCUGCCUCAGAUGAGCAGAGCAGCGACGUUCCAGAACAAAUAAGUGUAAAAGAGACUGAGAAUCAGCGAGGGGCAAGCAUCAAGUCACGAAUUAAUCUCCUGCUUGAUUCAUCCUCCAUUCCUGAGAGAAUAUCUUCUGGCCAAACAUCAGAUAUUCCCUCUCCAGAGCAGACAGUCCCUGAAGGCGAACCUCAAGUGGGGGUUAAACAGCUCAUCAGGCAGCUAACAGAAGAUAUAACUUCAACACAGAGUCCUGUCGUGAAGCCUUUGCUUAAACCUCGCCACCUGCCCGCUGAGCUCACUAAAAAAUUUUCAUCUGAGAGGUUGUCUGACUCUGGCAGUGUUUCACUCAGUGAGGCUGCAGAGUAUGAAGAGGUCAGCAAAGAUCCUCACAGGAGGAUUGAAACAGUCAACCCCGGUGCCAAGAUGGCUGUAGAUCAACAAAAAAAGAUCAGCUCAAUGACAGCAAGUCCCGAGACAGAACUUGUGCCAAGUGGGGCAACCCCCUCCAACAAUCAAAGUGUUGAAGUGCAGAAAGUGCGAGCGUCCUUAUUUGAUAAUAUUGUGGAGAUAUCCAGUGUGACCAAUGAUGCAAACUUAGUCCGUCACCCAUCUUUGAGAGGAGGAAAAAAUGAAAACGAAGGAACUCUGGUGACUGCCAUCUAUAAAGAUGCAGUAUCUCCAAGUCCCCUGCGAGUGAACCAUGCCAUUGACACAGUGCAAGCCGUGGGCGAAAGUAGAGCGGUGAGUGAGAGCAUUCCAUCUGCUCAGCGGGAAGAUAAAGCCAUGACCUUGCGCUCCAGACACUCAGAAGGGAACAGGCUAAUGAAGGAGACAACUGGUUUAAUGGGAGAAGAGCCAGCUUCAGCAAUGGCAACGGAGCAACAGCCUCGAUACUUGCGAAUAGGAUCCUUGCAGAAAUGGCCUACAAAAGGUGUAGUUCAAGAACCUGAUGUGGAGAAUGUUACCCGAAAGCAAUCAAUAAAUGAUAAAGAACCGGAUUUGAAUAAGGAGAAGCAGAGAGAAGCAGACAAUGAAGAAAUAGCUGCAGCACCGAAACGCAUGAAAACGUUGGAGACGGAUGAAAAGCCAAAACCCAAAGCAACUUAUUUUGCCUUGACCGGACAAAUACAGGAGUCUAAUACUGGUUCAGACAUUAUGGAUUCAACUGUGCCUUAUGAUGAUAUAGGUUCUGGACAUGAAAGCUCUCAAGGUACGGUAGCUGCUAUUAAGAGGAAUCUGUCAUUAAAUGCAACCUUUGGGAAAAAAAGUCAAGAGAAACACGAGGACAUGACGAGGGUUAGCCAGAUUUCAGCCAGGCAGGUGGUAUCAGCGCUGGAUGUGCCGACAGCGGGGGACAUGACAGAGGGAGUAAAAACAGAGCAAACAAGGGAGGAUGAAAGGCAAAAUGACCAAAUGAAAGUUAUCAAUAGAGACAAACAGAGACAAAUGGAAAUUGAGAGAAAAGCCAUUUUACAGUUUGCACAGAUGAAGGAAAGGGAGAUGCAAAGAGAAUUUGAAAGACGUAAGGCACUUGAAAGGGAGAAACAAAAACAGAGAGAGCUUCAAAACCAGAACCUCCAAGAAUUGGAGUAUGAAAAUUUGAAAGAAAUUGAAGAGCAGAGCCAAGUGCCUUUCAGGCAAGAAAAGGCAAAGCAGAAAGAACAAGAGUUACAGAGGAGGCAGGAAGUGGAAAGGCAACGUGACCUAGAGCGGCAAAGAGAGUUAGAAAAGCAGAGACAGCAAGAAAUGCAUAGGCAGCGGGAACAAGAAAAGGAAAGACAACAAAAAUUGCAAAGGGAGAGAGAGGAGGAACUGGAGGGGCAACAAGCACUGAUGAGGCAAAAGGAGCAGGAAAAGGAAAGGCAGCAGGAACUCAGGAGGGUGAGGGAACAGGAAAAGGAGCGACACCAAGAACUUGAGAGGCAGCAAGAACUGAUGAGGCUGAAGGAACAGGAAUUGGAGAGGCAUCAAGAACAGAUGAGACUGGAGGAGAAGGAAAAGGAAAGACAAGAAGAAUUGAGGAGGCUGAAGGAGAAGGAAAAGGAGCAGCAGAAAGAACAUGAGAGGCAACGUGAAAUGGAGAGACAGCAAGAGCUGACCAGACUGAAGGAGCAGGAAAGGGAGAGACAGUGGCAAUUUGAGAGGCAGAAGGAGCUGAUGAGGCUGAGGGAACAGGAAGAGGAGCGACAGCGAGAAGUUGAAAGGCAGCACGAAUUGAUGAGGCUGAAGGAGCAGGAAGAACAGAUGAGACAGAAGGAGCAGGAAAUGGAGAGACUGCGAGAACUUGAGAGGCAACAAGAAGAACUGAAGCAAAGGGAGCGCGAAAUUGAGCGGCAGCGAGAAAUUGAAAUACAACACACUCAGAUGAAGUUGAGGGAGCAAGAACAAGUGAGGCUGAGGGAGCAGGAAAUGGAGAGACAGCGAGAACUUGAGAAGCAGAGAGAGCUUGAAAAAGAGAGACGGAGAGAACUUGAGAGACAGCAAGAGCGACUCAGGCAAAGAGAGCAAGAAAUGGAGAGACAGCGAGAUCUGGAGCGAAAGCAAGAACAGGAGAGGCUGAGGGAGCAGGAACUGGAGAGACGACGAGAACUCAAGAGGCAGCAAGAACGGCUGAGGCAAAGGGAACAGGAAAUGGAGAGACAGCAAGAACUUGAACAAGAACGACUGAGGCUGAGGGAGGAGGAGAUGGCGAGACAGCGAGAACUUGAGAAGCAGCAUGAACAACUGAGGCAGAGGGAGCAAGAAAUGGAGAAACAACGCGAACUUGCGCGACAGCAAGAAAAGAUGAGGUUGAAGGAGCAGGAAAUGGAGCGACAGCGAGAGUUUGAGAGGCAACAAGAACAAAAGAGGCAUAGAGAAGAAAGGGAGAGAGUGCAAGAACUUGAGCGGCAGCAAGAACAGCUGAGACUGAGGGAGCAGGAGAAAGAGCGCCAGCGGGAAUUUCAGAAGCAGCAAGAACUGGAUCAAGAGAGGCAGCGCGAGUGGGAAAGACUAAGACAGAGGGAAGAAGAAAGACAGACAGAGCUGGAUAAGGAGACGUUUCUUUUGGAAUUGCAAAGGAAUAAGAGAAUGGAGGAACUGGAGAGCCUUAAAGAAAAAGAAGCAGGAAACCUCGUUGACCAAAAACACAAGCAGAAAGAAAACGAGAGGUAUCUUUAUGAGCUUGAAAAGCAAUGGUUUAGAGAGAAGGCUGAGAAAGCCAAACUCAUGGCAGUAGAACAAGAAAAGCUAAGACUGAAAGGGAUUGAUCAAGAAAAGGAAAAACUAAGACAACUGGAGAGGGAGCAUGCGGAAGCCAUUGAAAGAGAACAGUUGAAAGAGCUGGACAGGCUGCGAGACUUGCAAAGGGAGAAACAACGCCACGCUGAGAGACAGAACCAAAGAUGGGAAGCAGAGAGAGAGAAGCUGGAAAAGGCUGAGGCAGAGAAAAUGAGACAGAUUGCCAGACUUCAAGAAGCAGAGCGACACAGGCUCAAGGAGAAACAAAGGAAAGAGGAACAGGAGAGAAUGAAGGCCGAUCAACCCCCUCUGAGGCCCAAAGUGGUGGAUGUGGACUCUUUGAUCAGAACCGCCACCUCUCAACACAUGAGAUGGAAGCAGCCCUCCCCGAGAGCCGAAGAGCCCUACAAACCUUCCAUUCUUGACGUGGACUCUUUCACAUCUCAAUCUCAGCCAGCAGCCCCAAAUCCAAAUUUCCUGUCCGUUUCCAGUAUUCAAGAAGUAGACUCCAAUUUUGGCGGUUCAUUUCGACCUGCACCUGAAAGAGAUAUCACGUGGAAGAUACCUCCACAGAAUUCAGUUGACCCACGGCAGCUCCAAUCAACUGAGAUGUCUCACCGCAAACCUCUUCAUGAGCCCAAAAAACACACAACCAAAGUCAACCCAGAACUGCUCUUAAUGGCGGCUGAACAUUCCCUUGCCUCACACAGCCAGUGGCACCGUAGGCAGGCUGAACCACUUUACUUGGACCCUUUGCUCCAAAGAGAGUCAACAAGCAGAGUUCCCAGCAGUGCUCCUCUUGAUCAGGUCUGGUUGCCCAGACAACUAAAAUCCCAAGACAAUCAGGAAGAGGUCCGGAACCGUAGGAGAUCCCACGGAUUCCAGGAGCCCAACAGGAUGCGUUCUCGCAGCAUGUCACGUCGAUCGGUGCCAUCUGGUGUUGCUCUCGAAAAAAGUGCCUCUAGAAUACGGAGUCGGAGCGCCCACAGAGAACAGGACCACCAGAGCUGGGAGCAAGGUGUCAGUGUUGAGGAUGAGCGGAAGGACUCUGAAACUCCAGUGGGUGAGACAGACAGUCAGUAUGGGACUUGGGAGACUGGACUGCGCAUUGACGAUAGCCCAACUCCUGCCACUCCCAGCUCAGAAGGCAACCUCAGCCUUUCUCCAAGGAACACAACUUCUUCCCGUCCACAAGGGGAGAGCGACAGCUUUGAUGGCCUGCAUCCACCCUUGAAAUCUGAGAACCAGACGUUCCCUGAUGCACCAACCACUCUGUUAGACACUGGUGUCCUCCGGUCCAGAGUUCAACUUGGAAAGAAGCGUGCUCCCAGGACACGGCCCUCCAGAGCUGCCCGUCAGAAGAUUACGCAAGGUGGGACAGAGGAAGCCCCCCCUGAGGACUGGCUCUACAGAGACUCCACAGAGGAGAACGUUGAGUGUAAGAUGGAUGAAGUCGAUUCUGAGGAGCAGGCCAGAGGGGCAGACGCUGCUGCUACUUUUGCUUCUCAGCCACAAAGAAUUGCGUUGUUCCCCGGGGUGGACUCUCAAGCUUUAAAGGUCCAAUUGAAGAAGAGGAGCGACUCUGACAAUCAAAGUGACACACCCUCCGCUUCCCUUCUUUCUCGCUCUCCCAAAUCGCCCUUCCUGCCUCGGGCUGCUCGUGUACUUCCCCCAGCUGGUGGGAAAGAAAAUAAUGAGGAGGAAUCACCCCCGUGGUUAAAAGAGCUCAAGUCUAAGAAGCGCUUGAGUCAAUAUGAGAAUGAGAGCUAAGUAAGAAGAGGGUGCCGUCUGAAACACAUCUGUAAGAAAUAGAGGCCUUAACCUUCGACUCCGAGAGUCGAAAGGGAAAUUCUGCUGCUGAUGACUUUUUUUUUUUUUCUUCUUUUGGUUCUCUCUGUCUGGGUUUGAUCAUCAUGCAUGGUGCCUUUUAUCGAGAAUGUCUGCAAAAACAAGAAGGGGGGCACGUGAAAACAAACAAACGAAAACUGCACCCAGCUACUGUGCUUAUAUAUUCUUUUCAUGUACACCUGCGAUCUCCGCUUAGAGAGUGACACUUGGUGAACACUUCAAUAGGGACCAGAAGUAGUUUGGGAGUUGAAUCAUUUCCUGUCAGGCUGCAUGUCAUGUCAGGAAAGGGUUAAGUUGAGGGACCACUGCACAAUUCCCCGCAUGCAGGAGACCCAGCCACGACAAUACAAGAUGUUUAUUUUUGGUUCCUCUAAUACCUACAAGUCAGUGGUUGCGUGUAUGUCGUCUUUGUCGUUCAUCAAUCUUUGAUGAGAGUCACACAAGCGUUGCCAUAGGACAAUAUUUUAGAUACUAAUGGUUCCUUGUUGAACUUUAUAAAAGCUGCUUACCCCAUUAUUAGAUGGAAUGUAUAUCAUGUGAGUAAUCAUGAAAUGCUAUAUUUGUAUGUUUUACUAUGACAGAGAGGGAGUUUUUGGGAGAAAAUAUAUUGUUUCAUUACACUAGAGGGCCCCCACUGUUGUGCUUUGAUACACUCCUCAAUGUUAGUCACAGUUUUUUGUUUUUUUCUCUGUGGGAGAGGGAUGGGCAGGGGAAAGGGGGUGGGGUAUUUUUGGGCAAGAGACUUUGCAUCACAAACACACCGUAACAGCACAAACUAUUUUUCAGUUUUUAUAUGAAAACACAAAUCAUGUUGGCUUCUUCUUGAUUGAUUGCAAGCAUCCAUACAAAGCCGUAGAGCUCCUAACUGUCGUCACACACUCCUCGAUGAUGCUCUGACAAUAUGUGUUCCUUCAAUCAUGUGUAUAUAUAUACAAUCUUUGACGUCAGGCCUGAAUUGACUGUCUCAGAGAGACUCACGGGAAGUUCCAUCACACAACUUAAGGAGUGGGAUCAUUUGUUUGCUCCAUUGUUACUGAUUGUUACAACAUGCUAUGUGGGGCUCCAUACAUAUGGGACUGUGUGCACACCUGCUCUACAAGGUAGCUGCAAUCUUCCACCUCAACGUUGCCAUUGACCCAUUCAUAUCUCUAAAGCACUUUGUCACUUGAUGCAUAGCAACACUGACCAUCUUGGUCAUGUUUUGUCUCAUUCGUGCAUCCAUGUGAACACAUUAUAAUGUUCCUGCAAAGCAAGAUGAUGUGUGGAUUAAGUCUUUUGAGUGAUUGUACAUUUUUUUGUAUCUACAUGAUCUUCAACAUGAAUUUGGGAUUUCUUUUAUAUGUCAUUUGGUUUUUUUUUAUUUGGAAGUGCAGAUGUAUAACGCACUGUGUUGUAUGACCAGUGUUCUCAAGUGAAUCAAUUCUUUAUUAAAAAAGAAAAAUCUA